AUGACAUCUCAACCUCUAUCCAAGAAACGUAGGCUCGAGCCCGUAACAGCCCCUGUCUCUCGCGAGCAGAAGAGCUUCACCGAAGUUCUGGAACAGCUAGACGCCGAAGAUGAUGGAGGCUCCAUCGAGACGUCGGCGGCCUGGCCGCGCCCACAAGCUCCGCACAUCGACGCCAAGAAGGACACUAUUGUCUUCCAGCAGAUCGAGGUCGCAGAGUCUAGUCAUCCCAAACAUGGACCGUCGCUGAGGUUGUUUGGGAUAACAAACGCCGGAAACUCGGUCCUCGCACACGUACAUGGUUUCAGACCGUACUUUUACGUCGCCGCUCCCAGCGGAUUCCUACCGGCGGAUUGCCAGGCUUUCAAGGAUACGCUCAACGCCUCUGUACAGAUGGGAACGCCAGCUGUCUCCCACUGCCUCACUGUGAAUCGCAAGUCACUAUGGGGAUACCGCGGAGACGAGACGGUUCCGUUCAUCAAGAUCAUGUGCUCUGAGCCAAAGGCCAUUCCCAAAGUCAAAGAUAGGUCCGUAGACUACAAGGGUCUGUUCCCACAAGAAGUCUUGACGUACGAGAGCAACAUUGCGUUCACUCUACGGUUCAUGGUCGACUCACAUAUCGUCGGCAUGAACUGGAUCGAGGCUCCCGCUGGAACGUACGACCUGUUGUCCGGAUCUGAGAAGCGCUCGAAUUGUCAAAUCGAGUUGUCUCUUCACUACAAAGACCUUGUCUCACACACCCCGGAAGGGGAGUGGCUUCCUAUUGCCCCGCUGCGCAUCCUCAGCUUCGAUAUCGAGUGCGCGGGCCGCAAAGGCAUCUUUCCCGAGGCCAAUAUCGAUCCCGUCAUUCAAAUUGCGGCGAUGGUGACGAGACAUGGCGAGGCCAAACCAUUCAUUCGCAACGUCUUCACUCUUAACACGUGUGCACACAUUGUUGGAUCGCAAGUGCUCGAGUUUCGAGACGAAAGGGACCUGCUCCUCGAGUGGUCCAAGUUUGUCCAGGCUGUUGACCCGGACUUGAUCAUUGGGUAUAACUCUUCGAACUUUGACCUGCCGUAUCUUCUUGAUCGUGCCAAGGCUCUGAAGAUUCCCAAUUUUGCGUACUUGGGCCGACUGCAAGGUGUCCGGUCAGAGGCACGCGACACCCACUUCUCAUCCAAGGCAUUCGGGCAGCGUGACUCGAAGGCUGUUAAUAUUGAUGGACGCCUCCAGAUGGACAUCAUGCAAGUCAUUCAGCGCGACCACAAUCUCCGGAGUUACACGCUUAACGCCGUGUGUGCUCACUUCUUGGGCGAGCAGAAGGAAGACGUUCACCACUCCAUCAUCACCGAGCUCCAGAACGGUACAGCUGACUCUCGCCGCCGACUUGCUGUGUACUGUUUGAAGGAUGCCUAUCUUCCACAACGUCUGCUCGACCGCCUCAUGUGCCUGGUCAACUACACCGAGAUGGCGCGUGUGACAGGUAUCCCCUUCAAUGACGUCCUUACUCGUGGUCAACAGAUUCGAGUCGUCUCUCAAUUGUAUCGCAGCGCCGGUGAUCAUGGGUAUCUCAUCCCCGCCAUGCGGAGUGAAGGGACAGACGAGCAAUACGAGGGAGCUACGGUCAUCGAGCCCCGCAAGGGAUAUUACGAUACUCCGAUCACCACGCUUGACUUUGCAUCGCUAUACCCUUCCAUUAUGAUGGCGCACAACCUGUGUUACACGACAUUGCUGGACAAGUCAACCAUUGAACGUUUAAAGCUCGUCGAGGGCGAAGACUACGUGCAGACUCCGAACAACGACUUUUUUGCCACGGAGAAUCGCCGGAAGGGGCUGCUUCCCAUUGUGCUCGAGAACCUCCUCGCGGCUCGAAAGCGUGCGAAGGCGGACCUGAAGGUGGAGAAGGAUCCGUUUAAACGUGCCGUCCUGGACGGUCGUCAGCUGGCGUUGAAGAUCAGUACCAACUCGGUGUACGGCUUCACUGGCGCCACUAUCGGCAAACUGCCAUGUCUGGCGAUUUCCACCUCGACCACGGCAUAUGGUCGACAGAUGAUCGAGUUGACGAAGCAGGAGGUCGAGAAGGAGUACUGCAUCAAGAAUGGGUACGAGCACGACGCACGUGUUAUCUAUGGUGACACGGACUCUGUCAUGAUCAAGUUUGGCUGUCCAGACCUGCCCACAGCCAUGCGACUGGGUGCUGAGGCGGCCGAACUGGUCUCGGCAAAGUUCAAGAAGCCCAUCAAGCUCGAAUUCGAGAAGGUCUACUACCCGUACCUUCUCAUCAGUAAGAAGCGCUACACUGGACUUUACUGGACUCGUCCGGACAAGUAUGACAAGAUGGAUGCCAAGGGUAUCGAGACGGUUCGACGUGACAACUGCCGCUUGGUGUCGACAAUGAUCGAGACGUGUCUACUCAAGAUGCUCAUCGACCGCGAUGUGAAGGGCGCAGAGGACUAUGUCAAGCAGACCAUUUCCGAUCUGCUGCAGAACAAGAUUGACAUGUCACAACUCGUCAUCACCAAAGCUCUGUCGAAGACUGACUAUGCCGGCAAGCAGGCCCACGUCGAGCUUGCGGAACGUAUGAGGAAACGUGACGCUGGCUCGGCACCUUCUCUUGGAGACCGCGUGGCCUAUGUCAUCGUCAAGGGCGUUAAGGGCGCUGCAGCGUAUGAGAAGUCGGAAGACCCACUCUACGUUCUGGAGAACAACGUGCCGAUCGACACGCGCUACUACCUGGAGAACCAGCUCUCAAAGCCGCUGAUGCGCAUCUUUGAGCCGAUUCUCGGUGAAAAGGCCAGCAGUCUCUUGGCUGGUGAACACACGCGUAGCAUUCAGAUUGCGACACCUACGGUCGGCGGCCUCAUGAAGUUUGCCGUCAAGACGGCGACCUGCCUUGGCUGUCGUACCCCGUUGAAGGGAAAGAAGGAGAGUGCCGUUUGCGUCAACUGCCGGCCGCAUCUUCCCGAGCUGUACCAGAAGCAGGUCGCCACCACAUCUGCCUUGCAACUCGAUUUUGCUCGCCUGUGGACGCAGUGCCAGCGGUGCCAGGGCUCGCUGCACCAGGACGUCAUCUGCACUUCGGCAGACUGCCCGAUCUAUUACCGUCGUACCGCCAGGCAGAAGGAGGUGACUGCCGCUGUUGCACAGCUCGACCGCUUCGAGGGAGAGAUGACGUGGUAA